CAAUUCGCAAAGCUCUACUCGGUGCCGACAUGUCUGUCAGUGGCAAGGGCAUUUGCACCAAGCCCGCCAUCACCAACCUCUCUGGCGCGCACGAGCAAGGUCAUCCGAGGAGGAGAGGAUUGAUGCCGCAAUCUUGGCCAGGAAGGCUUAUGUGGCUAAACUGGAGACUCCAACGAUAGAUAGUUUUGAGGUUGCAGGAAGGUACCAACUCAUGGUUGCAGGCUAUUCUACCAACUCCUGGUUGCAAGAAGAUUUGCUCAACUCUGGUUCUAACUUGAAACACAAGGGCGAGGGCGACUCCAGGACCUGGCAAAACGCAGGAUCGACGGCUUCAAGGACGAUCGCAGGGCUGAGGUGCGACGUCCUCGUCGGCUUCAAGGACAGGCGAGCGAGGGCGAGGAACUACAGGACCUGGGCGAGGGCGAGGAAGACUCCAGGACCUGGCAACGCAGGUUCAAGGACACGGUCGGGCGAGGGCGACGAAGACUCACCUGGCAACGCAGGUCGGGCGUGGGCAUCGGGUGAGGGCGACGAAGAAUACGCAGGUCUGGCGAGGGCGUCGGACGAGGGCGAGGCUGGACGACGCACGAGGUCCGGCGAGGGCGAGGGCGACUCCUCCUGGACGACGCACGAGGGCGAGGGUGACUCCUCCUGGACGACGCAACGCACGAGGUCUGGACGACGCACGAGGGCGAGGGCGACUCCUGGACGACGCAGGAUGGAUGUUUUGUUUCCUUACCCGUGACCGUAAUUUUUGCUACGUAGAAUUGGUAAGUGCUACUGUGAUGAAAUUUUAUAUCAGGAAUCCUUUAUUUUUUUCAUAUUUCAUUUCGCACUCUUCCACAUCCCUGUUUAUAUAUUAUUCUCUAUUGUAAA